CUCCGUAACCACCGCCGAUUGCAGCUCCGUCAGGAAGAAGUGACCCCUGGGUGAUCAUGCCGCAUUGCUACUGAGAGUGUUGAAGGCUAUUACCAUUCUGUUAUCGCAUAUCACAAAAGAAAAAUCCCACAUCCCAAAUAUCCAUUGAAAGUAUCCGCAUCUACCGCCUGCCCAGCCGUUCCCCACCACGCGACCUCAGGCACAUCAUCCGACAUACACAUACUCGUUAAGACCAGAUCACCUCCCACCUACAACCACCCACUACUACCACCACACACAAACAUGGCUCAGAAAGCAGCCAAAACCCUCGCGGCGCGCAACACGGCCCUCCUCCAGCGCACCCACCUGAUCAGUCUCGGCCUACACGCCCUCUACCUCGCCCUGCACUGGACAUUCAACCGCCCGCGCGUCCUAAAGCCCUACAUCUUCCUUGCGGUUCCGACGCUCCUCAUUGAAUUCUACCUGGACCGGCUCGGCCGGCCGCGCCACAACCCGGCGGACGGCUCGCUGCGCUCCCCCGGGGAGGACCUCGGCGCCGCCGGGCUGACGGAGUACAUGUGGGACGUGCUGUACUGGACGUGGGGCUGCAUUGGGGCCGUGUGCCUGUUCGGCGACCGCGCCUGGUGGCUGUGGGUGGUCAUCCCGCUAUACUCGGGCUGGUUGGCCUACUCCACGUUCAUGGGAAUGCGGAGCGGGCUGGCGGGGAUGGGUGGUGCUGGCGAUAAUGGCGGUGGUGCUGCUGGGGCUGGGGCUCCGGAGAGUAAGAGGCAGAAGAAGUUGGAGAAGCGGGGUGGGCAGAGGGUGCAGUAUCGGUGA